UUUCAUUUUGUCAUCUGUCAUUUUGUCAUCAUUCGUCGAAAAAUCUAAAAAUAAUAAGAGUUACUGUAAGAUUUGACGAUUUUUAAGAUAUCACCGAUAAAUAUACAAGUUAAGCACCAUGUCGGAUAUAAAAAUAGUCGCAGUGAGCAUCGUAAACUUUUUAAAAAAGCAAUUAGAGGGUGACUCUCUUAGCGUGGAUUCACGCGAGAGCGUCGAGGUCGGCGUGCAGUGUAUUGAGACCGCUUUCGAACUAGGACCUGAAGAUGCAGCAAGAAGCGUUGACUUACUGCAGUUAGUGCGGCAGUCGCUCAACACGAAUCCCCAGUCGGCCCGAGCUGAAGCAGAGCGUCUUAAGAAUGAAGGCAACGAGUUCAUGAAGAGCGAUCGCCAUAAGGAGGCUCUCGAGAAAUAUACCCGCGCCAUAGAAUUAGACUAUUCCAAUCCCGUCUACUUCUGUAAUCGCGCUGCCGUCCAUUUCAAGCUAGGCGAGCACGAAGCGGCCGUAGCCGACUGCACUGCGGCAUUGGGGCUACAACCUGACUACGCCAAAGCUCACAGCCGCCUCGGACUGGCGCUAACCGCACUAGAACGCCAUCGUGAAGCUCGUGCGGCCUACGCGCGCGCUCUGCAGCUCGAGCCAGACAACGAGACGUACCGCCAGAACCUGGCACUGACCGACGAGCAGCUGGCACAGCGCGGCGAACGCGCCCAGCUAGACCUGGGCGGUCUGUUGCAAAACCCCGCCCUACUCACUAUGGCCACAGAGAUGCUUUCUGACCCUAAUAUGCAAAACUUAAUCUCUGGACUUAUGACUACUGGUGGUGGUGUGGCCAACGGCGUCCCGGGAGCAGGCCCAGGGGGUAUGAACGCGCUGCUGGAGGCGGGGCAAGUUCUCGCACAACACAUGCAGUCUGCCAAUCCUGAGCUGGUCGAGCAGCUGAGACGUCAGGUGCGCCCCCCCGGCCCUAACCCUCCGCAACAAUGAACUGGUAUCACAGCCUUAUCUGGGAAGAUUGCUUAAUCUUUUAAGGUGUAAUAUAAUUUUAUUUUAUUCUUCCCUAGGUACUGUUUUACUGACUGGUAGUGGGAAUUACAAUCCUCUCUUUACCCACUGAAUGGAGCAAGUGUAUUUACUAUAAGUCUGUUUCUGUUAAGCCACAUAGCCACACAUAGGUACCCAAGCUUCAUUAAAAUUGUUUGUUUAACAUCCUAUGCCAGUCACUAUUAUAAUGUAUAUAUCUAAAGAAGUGAGCCCCAGCCAUGUGCGUAGAAGUAUAGAUAUUUGCUUUUAAUUUCUUCCUUUAUGAUUUGAUCAACCUCUGGGGGUACUAGGUAGCACUAUAUGCAUUUAUUUGUUAACAUAUAUUUUGUACCUUUACCUAAGUACUGUUAUUCACUAGAUAGACAUAAAUUGUAAAAAGUGGACUCCAGUGCGGAGUGUUAAUGCAUGGAAAUCAUGCUCGGAUGGCACAUGUGAUGUAAAAUAUAUUUAAAUAAUGUUAAUUGAGAAAGAAACUUCUGUAGAAGUUGAUCUCUCCUUAACCCAAAUUAUUAAUAGCUAAGGUUUCAAUGAUUGGUAUUGUUAAUAAAUUUAUUUAAACAUAA